AUGGCCAACCCCCGCAUUGAAGAGCUCCCCGACGAGCCCGAGAAGAAGAACGUCCAGAUUGAGGAGGAUGAGUCCAGCGACGAGUCCGAGGGCGAGGAGGGUGGUGAUGCCGUGAUCCCCCAGGGCUCCUCCGUCACCGUCCACUCGCGUAACGAGAAGAAGGCUCGCAAGGCCAUCGCCAAGCUCGGCCUGAAGCACAUUGAGGGCAUCACACGCGUCACCCUCCGCCGACCGAAGAACAUCCUCUUCGUCAUCAACCAGCCCGAGGUCUACAAGUCCCCCUCCAGCAACACCUACAUCGUCUUCGGUGAGGCCAAGAUCGAGGACCUGAACUCGCAGGCCCAGGCCUCGGCCGCUCAGCAGCUCGCCCAGGCCGAGCAGCAGGGUCACGACCACGCCGGUCACGACCACGACCACGACCAUGACCACGGCGACGCCAAGGGCAACGCUAAGGCUGUUGAGGAGAAGGCCGACGAGGAGGACGACGGCGAGGAGGUCGAUGACUCUGGUCUCGAGGCCAAGGACAUUGAGCUUGUCAUGCAGCAGGCGUCCGUCUCCCGCAAGAAGGCCGUCAAGGCCCUGAAGGAGAACGACAACGACAUUGUCAACUCGAUCAUGGCGCUGAGCAUAUAG